CUAUCGACACACUACAUGAAGGUCAAUCUGCUCGCCGCGUGGGCUCCUUUAGCCAGCUAUGUCCUGGCCAAACAGCCAAACAUCCUCUUCAUUAUCACUGACGAUCAGGAUGGACACAUGGGCUCUGUUGAGCACAUGCCUCUUCUCAAGAAACAUCUAAUCGACAAAGGAACUUCCUAUGAGAACCACUUCUGUACCAUCGCCAUCUGUUGUCCUUCAAGAGUAAAUCUCUGGACUGGAAGAGCAGCUCACAAUACGAAUGUCACUGAUGUUGGACCGCCAUAUGGAGGCUACCCCAAGAUAGUCAAGGAGGGCAUUAACGACGACUAUCUCCCUGUGUGGAUGCAGGCUGCGGGCUACAAUACUUACUACACUGGAAAACUCUGGAACGCCCAUACCAUCAACAACUACAAUCAGCCUUUUGUCAAGGGCUACAAUGGCUCUGAUUUCUUACUCGAUCCUUUCACUUACGAUUACUGGCAUGCCAGAAUGACCAGAAAUGGUGGCACGCCAAAGGACUACUCGGGUCAAUACUCGCCUGAUAUUGUGGCUGACAAGGCGUAUGGCUUUCUCGAAGAGGCCAUCGAAGGCGAUGCGCCUUGGUUUGUUACCGUCGCGCCCAUCGCUCCUCACAGCAAUAUCGUUGCGCGCCCACCCAGUGGCCCUCUCAACGAACUCGAAGUCCUCGCCCCUGGACCGGCCAACAAGUUUGCAAUUCCAGAGUAUGCUCCUCGUCAUGCGCAUCUGUUCACGGACUACAAGAUCCCAAGAACAGAAGGCUUCAACCCGGAAGANAAUGAACAGCCGAGUGGAGCAAGCUGGAUAGCACAGUUACCUAGACUCAACGACACAAUGAUCGAGUACAAUGACGAGUUCCAACGUGCCAGACUACGCGCACUACAAUCAGUCGACGAGAUGAUUGAGCGUCUCGUCAACCUGCUAGACUCCAAAGGCGUUCUCGACAACACCUAUAUCUUUUUCACCACCGACAAUGGAUUCCAUGCUAGCCAACAUCGCAUGCAUCCCGGCAAAGAAUGCGGCUACGACACCGAUAUCCACAUCCCGUUAGUCAUUCGCGGACCAGGCAUUCCCGCAGGCGCAACCACAAACAUCGUGACUUCCCACACCGACAUGGCACCCACUCUCCUCUCUCUCGCCAACGCCACUCGCACCGACUUUGACGGCCUCGCGAUCCCUCUGCUCUCCACCAACACAACCACCCGCGGCGAACACGUCAACGUCGAAUUUUGGGGCAUUGGAUUGCCAGAAGGCAAAUUCGGCAUCGCAGAACCACUGGGCGGGUUAUCCUACCCAAACAACACUUACAAAGCUUUACGUCUGGUCAGCGGCAACUACAGUAUCUAUUACUCAGUGUGGUGCACCAACGAACACGAGUUUUACGAUUUACACACCGAUGCAGCUCAAAUGCAUAAUUUCUUCUCUGAUCCACAGUUGACCAAGGACUUUUCUCUUGCGGGACGGCCAUGGCAGCAAGUUGUUUAUCGUCUCGAUGCUUUACUGCUCGUACUCAAAACCUGCAAGGGCCAAACCUGCAUAAACCCUUGGGCUUCUCUUCAUCCCUCUGGCAGCGUGAAAACGCUACUUGAAGCUUUGGAUUCAGGAUUUGAUGCCUUCUACCAAAAGUACCCCAAAGUGGGCUUUUCUUCUUGCGAAUUGGGCUACAUCCCCAGCGCCGAGGGAAAUGUUGAUCACAUCGAGUUUGCGGCAGGUGUGGAGUGGAUGACGGCAGCAGAGCAACCCGUAGCAAAAGGUCAGGAGCCUUUUGUCUACAGAGGUAGCUGGAGCGACUGGGUUUAA